UUUUAAUAUGUUCUCUUCCUACUCUUUUCAACUUCAUCAUUACACCCCCCUCUAUUGAAACCCUCUUCUUCGCUGACUCCCGAAGCGAUUAGAAUAUGAAUCGUCACGUGACUAGAUGGUAGGCCACCGAUUGGCUAAGCUGUCAGGAGGAGAGCGGUGAUCGCUCUCAUUUUUUACAAUAUUUUUCGUGCCGCCAGACCCGUCGGAUAUCGAGGAUAUCGGCCUGCUUCAUUCUUUUCUGAUACUUUUUUAAUCGAGCCUUCCUGCUCGAGAAGGAAGGAAUAGUUUUUCUUUCUCCGAGAGAAUAGAGAAGAUAAUAAGGAAAAGAUUGAGAGAAGACGGUAAAAGGUGCAAAAACGGAGAUAAUCUUAGCGGGAGAAAAAAAAGGAAAGUGAAAGCAAUUUUUUCAGAUAUAAUAUUCUUACCUUAAAUUUUUUAGGUAAAUAUAUAUAUAAAGUAGGUAUUGUAGACACUCUUCUUGUUUGUAUUGACCAACUGCAAUGAGAAAGGGCGAGAAUUGUUGACUUUUUAUUAUUGAAGCGGAUUAUCCCUUGAUUUUUUUCGCGUUAAUCUCCUCUUCCUAAGGAGAAAACAGCGACAUUUCGCUGAGGUUAAUACAACUUGACCGUCGAUGAAACGUCUCUACAGCAAAGAGUAUGGAAAUGUCAGGAAAUAUCUUAGAUAUUCUCCGUCAGUUUUUUACUAUCUCGCCCUAAUAGAUUCUUUUUAGAGUUUUAGAUUCAAAUUGUUGCUUUAAAACAACUUUCUCUUUCAUUUCUUUACCUGAUUUAUUACUUAUAUUAAAGUUAUUUAUUUAAUAAAUUAAUAAUAGUUAAUGAUAAGUCGCUCUAUCCGUUCUCUUUGAACAGGACGAAUAACCGUGAAGAGAGGAGAGGAUGAUUAAACUAGAGGUUUCGGAAAGCUAUGGACAAUAGCCUCAAUCUUUUAUGGCGAAUCCUCUUAGUCUUUGUGUUGACAGCGUCAAACGGCAGCAACGGGGACGAAAUGGAAUACAAACUAAUGAGAGACCUUUUCCGCAACUACGACCGGCGCAUUCGACCGUCUAAGAACGCCUCCGACCCUUUAAACGUGACUUUUGGCUUGAGUCUAGCACAAAUUAUAGACGUUGUAAGUUGUUUUGUUCAUUGCCGCAGACGCGCGAGUACAUUUUCCUGCAAGGUAUCACCUCCAUUCUAACAUAUAACAAACAGCUUUUCACUAUAAAUCCCUAUUAGAGCUAAGAGAGCAAAGUAAAUAUUUUGUUUGUCAAAUUUCUCUGACCGUCUUUUAAGUUGUUUAUAUAAGAUAGUAAAGUGAGAAUGAGUACAGAUAAUAUCUUUUCUAUAUAGAGAAUUAUGAUUUUCAAUACUGAAAGAUAAAGAGAAACUUCCUUUUUGCAGUAUAAAAAAUCUAUAAGAAAAAGUUUAGAUAUUUUUCCUUUCUACUGUUUUUUUCCAUUCUUUUUUGGCUUUUUCUUCUUUUUCGCUACCCGUUCGUUACCCAAUGCCCAACUCUGUAACGUAAUCUGAUCAUUAAAGCGCGCUAUCUGACCGCUCGACUGAACUUAUCUGUAUUAAAAAGGAGAAUACGGUUCGUUGCAGGAUGAAAAGAAUCAAAUCAUUACGACUAACAGCUGGCUUAAUCAGGUGACUAUAUAUAUACCAAUCGUUUAUUUCUUUUGACUACUUAUCCUAUUCCAAUUUGGCUAUAUAGAAUUGGAUAGAUAACAAAUUAACAUGGAAUCCAAACGACUAUGGUGGUAUCAAAGUAAUCCGUAUUCCUUACGACGCUAUUUGGAGACCCGAUAUUCUACUUUAUAACAAUGCUGAUGUUUCGGCUCAAAAAUCUUCCAUUAGUACGAAUGUGAUAGUGGAUCAUUUCGGAAAUGUCACGUGGCUGUCGAUGGUGAUUUUCAAAAGUUCCUGCGCAAUCAACGUCAAGUAUUUUCCGUUUGACGAGCAGAAUUGCAGUAUGCUUUUUUCAUCUUGGACGUACGACGGAUUUCAGGUGAAUUUAAUGAAAGUAGGAGACGACGGCGACGAAAGUAACUAUAUACGGAAUAGCGAAUGGACACUGGUGAAAUUACACGCUAAGCGCAAUGUCGUUAAAUAUUCCUGUUGCGAAGAACCGUAUCCGGACGUAACUUAUAAGAUUCAAAUGAGAAGGAAACCGUUAUUUUACGUUUUUAACAUGAUCAUGCCUUGCAUGCUGAUCACGCUCGUUGCUUUACUCGGCUUCUAUAUUCCAUCUGAUUCUGGUGAGAAGGUGACUAUGGGAAUUACUACACUAUUAUCAAUGACGGUCUUCCUUAUGCUAGUCACGGAGAGUAUGCCACCUACUUCUGACGUUUUACCACUUAUUGGAAUGUACUAUGGGAUAACGAUUGCCAUAGUAUCUUUAGCAACUGCAAUGACUGUAUUAACUUUGAAUAUACAUCAUAAGGGUAUCCGCGGUAGAGAAGUGCCAAAUAUCAUAAAGAAGAUCUUCUUUAGCGUUUUCGCCAGAUUACUCUGCAUUCAAUUGGAAACACCGGAAAAAUACGUCGAAAGCGAUAUUCUGCAAUAUCCGGCAGAGAGUAACGUCGACGACUGCUCCGGCCGGUCCAGCUAUAUCAAGUUGAAGCGAUCGAAUCAGGGUUGUUCCAUGGUCGAUAAUAACAUGAGUAUGACUCGAAUGUCAGUUCUGGACUUUGUACCGCAAAGGCAAACUAUCACUCGGGAUACUUUUGAUGCCGAUCGUUUACCAGAGAAUGGUGGAGUUUCGCCUAGAUUUCUUCGCCGUCUAAGACAAACACCCCAAAAUUCUUCACCCCAAAGUUUGGAUAAUCUAGAACGUCAAUUUAUGCGUGUACUGCAAAAGGUUCAACAAACUAUAGAGAAGAACGAAAUACGUUUGGCUGAGCAGGAUAGGCGUGAUAUCAUAAAGCUCGAAUGGCAACAGGUGGCGCUGGUCGUCGAUAGGAUACUUUUAUAUAUCUUCGUUUUUCUGACUAUCGGCGUUACUUUGUGUAUUAUGUUCCAAGCCCCUUUGUCUCUCGACUGGUUAUGAAGCAUAUUUCUAAAAACGUUCUUUUCUUUCUAGAAGCACAACGUAUAUAUUUAAAAAAAAACAUAACAAAGAACAAAAAAAUACCAGUGAAAAUCUUUUGUCCUAUAUGCAACAACAAAAAAUAUCUAUCAUUUUUUCUCUUUUAUUUCUCCAAAUUCCCUCUUCCUAUUAUAUUCCUACAUUAAUAUUUUUUUCCUCUAUCUUUCUUACACUUUCGUCUUUUUUCUUCAGCUUGACAUGCAAACAUAUAUACAAACUAUAACACUCGCACAAGUUCAUACCCUAUUCACUUACUCUGUUUAUUUCAUUCUCUUUUUUCUCUCCUCUCUUACACACCCCCUCCCUCCUAUCCCCUCCUUCCUCAUUUCCCUCAUUUCUCUCUCUCUCUCUCUCUCUUCCCGUCUCUCACCCACCCACCCACGCAUACACACACACACACACACACACACGUACAAACACGAAUUGUCUCUUGUAUUAUGAUACGUUACAACAUUCUCAAUGACUAUAUAUAAUUUAUUAAAAAAAGGUAUCUAUUAAUAGUUUUAUAUUCAUUGUGUACUAUAGUAGGCCUAUAAAGAAAAGUUUAUAUACAGUCGUAAAAAGCGUCGUUUUCUUCUUAAGUUUUCUUUAGAUCUUUUCACUUUAACCACCUUCGGUAGGCUCUUCCUCCAAAGUAAUAGCAUUUGCGUCGAAAAAAUCCUGUUUGUUAAGGCCUUCCCAACAGUCUUGGUUCCAACCGAAAUAUAAACUAAAGUAAUAGAAAACAACGGAGACAACUAAUCCAAGAAGAAAACCCAGAACAAUCAUACGAUUCUCAAGGAAAGAAUUAUAUAAAGUGUCUGUACGCUUUAACGAUAGAUCUUUAUCGCUAAUACCAUUUUUGGAGCGACUAGUCGAUCUAGUCUUACUCGGGGAUCGACGAUUCUUCAAAAGGGAUCUGGAUCGGUUCAUAUUAAAUAAAGAUUUUAGUUGCA